UCCAGUGCUUCUGAUUAUAAAUAUAUCUGGUUUGGGAACCUUAUUUCUCUCUUUUUUUUUCUUCUUCCCCAGUUUCUAAAGAUCUGUGCAUCAAACCUGCUGUUCACUGAAGCAUGAGCUUUGGACAUGGCCACCCGCCGCUGUACUCGGAAGCCUUGGCUGGCCCCCAGCAUCUCUAGAAUGAUUUGGAAACAUCUCGUUCUCCUCUCCCUCUGGCUGCCAUCACUUGUUUUGGGUGGAGCCUCCCCCACCUCCUGCCCAGCUGCUUGUUCCUGCAGCAACCAAGCCAGCCGGGUCAUCUGUACACGCCGGGAGCUGGUGGAAGUGCCAGAGAGCAUUUCAAUCAACACACGGUACCUCAAUCUGCAGGAGAACAACAUCCAGGUGAUAAAGACUGACACUUUCAAGCACCUUCGUCAUCUUGAGAUUUUACAACUCAGCAAGAACCUCAUCCGUAAGAUUGAGGUUGGUGCCUUCAAUGGCUUGCCCAACCUCAACACACUGGAGCUCUUUGACAACCGGCUAACCACUGUCCCCACACAGGCCUUUGAGUACCUCUCCAAAUUGCGGGAGCUAUGGCUGAGGAACAAUCCCAUUGAAAGCAUCCCUUCCUAUGCCUUCAAUCGAGUCCCUUCUUUGCGGCGCCUGGACCUUGGGGAGCUCAAGAAGCUGGAGUAUAUCUCAGAAGCAGCUUUUGAAGGCUUGGUCAAUUUGCGGUACCUGAACUUGGGCAUGUGCAACCUUAAGGACAUCCCAAAUUUGACAGCCUUAGUGCGGCUAGAAGAACUUGAGCUUUCUGGGAAUCGCCUGGACAUGAUCCGGCCAGGCUCCUUCCAAGGCCUGACUAGCCUUCGCAAGUUGUGGUUGAUGCAUGCCCAAGUGGCCACCAUUGAACGCAAUGCUUUUGAUGACCUUAAGUCAUUGGAGGAGCUCAAUCUCUCCCACAAUAACUUGAUGUCCUUGCCCCAUGAUCUUUUCACCCCUUUGCACCGCCUAGAGCGUGUCCACCUCAACCACAAUCCUUGGCAUUGCAACUGUGAUGUGUUGUGGCUCAGCUGGUGGCUCAAAGAGACAGUGCCCAACAACACUACCUGCUGUGCCCGGUGCCAUGCCCCACCAAACCUCAAAGGGCGAUAUAUUGGGGAGUUGGAUCAAAGCCAUUUUACUUGCUAUGCCCCUGUUAUAGUGGAGCCUCCAACUGACCUUAAUGUGACUGAGGGAAUGGCUGCCGAACUAAAGUGCCGAACGGGGACCUCCAUGACAUCAGUGAACUGGCUGACACCCAAUGGCACACUGAUGACACAUGGUUCCUAUCGGGUGCGCAUUUCUGUCCUUCAUGAUGGCACACUCAACUUCACCAAUGUGACAGUCCAAGACACUGGGCAGUACACCUGUAUGGUGACUAAUUCAGCUGGCAACACCACUGCUUCAGCUACACUAAAUGUCUCAGCUGUAGAUCCCGCCACCACAGGUUAUACCUACUUUACUACUGUAACUGUGGAGACCAUGGAUUCUAGCCAGGAAGAAUCAAUUCCCACAAAGAAGGAACCUGGGCCAACACCUUCCCAAGGCUGGGGCAUGACUUACUCCACUACUUCGCUGACUCCACGUAGCACCCGCAGCACCGAGAAGCCAUUCACUAUCCCAAUCACUGACGUCACAGAGGGUGGCAUGAAAGAUUUGGAUGAUGUGAUGAAAACUACUAAGAUCAUCAUUGGCUGCUUUGUAGCCAUUACUUUCAUGGCGGCUGUGAUGCUCAUUGUGUUCUACAAGCUCCGUAAGCAGCACCAGCUUCAUAAGCAUCAUGGGCCUACCCGUACCAUUGAGAUCAUCAAUGUUGAAGAUGAGCUGCCUGCAGCAGCUGGGGCUCCCGGCGACAGCCAUCUUGCACUUCCUGCCAUUGAGCAUGACCACCUCAACCACUAUGCUGCUUUCAAGGCCCAUUACAACAACAACAGUGGUGGUGGACCCCUCACAUGCUCCAAGAACCCCAUGCUCAAUUCCAUCCAUGAACCUCUUUUAUUCAAGAGCAGCUCUAAAGAAAAUGUCCAAGAGACACAGAUAUGACAGCCACAGCCUGAGGAGAAGGGGAGUAAUUGUGUGGUGGGAGGGUGGCAACGGAUUCAUAUAUGCAGUGAGGAACACGUUAAGGGACGGCUCCUCCCUCCUCACUUUAAAAACAAACAAACACAGGUCUUUCCACCACAGUGGCAGAUCUUGGAUCCCAAGCCCCCACCAGUAGAUACCUUUGGUUCUCACCAAGCUAGUUUUUUAUGUUCUCUUCUUUUUUUUCUUCUGCAAGACAAGACACUGCUCUCACCUUCUGCCUGAUCUUUCUUUUCUUUUCUUUUCUUUUCUUUUCUUUUCUUUUCUUUUCUCUCCCCUUUCCUUUUCUUAUUUUUCUACCAUACUCCCUUUAUGUUGGAGACUUUUUAUACA